GAUCUGUAAAGUUGGAUAAAGUGCACAGAAAAUCUAAAGUAUUGCCCCUUCAGAAGCUAUGUCAGUUGCUGUUUGUCGCUACAAUUUCCAUUCUGUUCAUGCGUGUUCUACUUCAAUGUGUACACCAGCCUGGGUAAAUGUUGCUAGCAAAGCAUGCAAUGUUAACUUCAUUUUGUCUGAAAUAGUAGUUCUGAGCAGGGCUUUAGCUACUGUUUUACAGUGAAGACUUCAGUAAUGGCAUAUAAAAGAAUCAUGCUCCAUUAAAUUUGGAAAACUUACUUGUGCAGGUAAGUGCUUUAUGGAUGGAUUAAUGAGUAACUUGUACUUCAAUUAGUUGCUGUUCUCCUGCAGUGGAGUAUUUGGGUUUCUUUUCCCCUAUAAAACCUCUCCUUGUUUUCACUCAGUCAUUUAGCCCUCCAAGAUGCACAUUGUCCCCAGUAAGCUGCAGUUACUCCUGAUGGGGAUAGUUUGUAUUACUGAGUUUCAUGCUGCACCAUCCACUCUUCAGAAAGAUCCUAAAUGUGGGCAGAAAUUUCAAGAGACAAAACCAUGGAGUUACCUUAACCUUUUCACUCGGAUUGUUGGGGGAAACCAGGUGAAACAAGGCUCGCAUCCAUGGCAGGUUUCCUUGAAACGGAGGCAGAAGCAUUUCUGUGGAGGUACCAUUGUUUCUGCUCAGUGGGUGGUCACGGCAGCUCAUUGCGUCUUAGACAGGAAUAUCCUCCAGUAUUUGGAUGUCACUGCAGGAGAGCAUGAUUUGAGGAUCAGGGAGAAUAGCGAGCAGACACUCCCAGUUAAAUAUGUCAUUAAGCAUCCAAAUUUUGACCCCAGAAGGCCUAUGAAUUAUGACAUUGCCCUUCUGAAGCUGGAUGGAACCUUCAACUUCAGUUCAUCAGUUUUGCCAGCAUGUCUUCCUGAUCCGGGUGAAAAGUUUGAAGCAGGAUAUAUCUGCACUGCUUGUGGCUGGGGCCGUUUAAAUGAGAAUGGAGUACUCCCUCAGGUCUUAUAUGAAGUCAAUCUACCAAUCCUAAACAGAAAGGAGUGUUCAAGAGCACUAUCAACUUUAAAUAAACCUAUCCAAAGUGACACUAUAAUGUGUGCUGGAUUUCCAGAUGGAGGAAAAGAUGCCUGCCAGGGGGACUCGGGAGGCCCUCUUCUGUGUAGACGUAAGCACGGUGCCUGGACACUCGCUGGUGUGACCUCCUGGGGCAUGGGAUGUGCUCGUGGCUGGGCGAGUAAUAGCAAGAAGAAACAUUAUAACAGAGGGUCUCCAGGAGUAUUCACAGACCUCAGCGUGGUGCUUUCCUGGGUUCAAGAGAACAUGAGUGCGGAUCUGAAAAUGAAAAGCUCCCCAGCAUUUUGUAGCAUUCAGGAUGGCAAACUCCCUGACAUUGAAGGAGAAUUACGUUUUCCUGGCAGUCCUGAGCAGUUCUAUCAAAACCACCAAUUGUGUGUAUGGACUCUAUUUGUGCCAGAAGGGAACUAUAUAUUGCUUCAUUUUUCCCACUUUGAUAUAGAGCCAGAAACGUUUUGUGACUAUGAUUCUUUAUCAGUUUAUUCAAAAGACAACAGACUUGUUGGAAAGUUCUGUGGAGGAGAUCUUCCGUUACCUAUUUUGGUUGGCUCCAGUAGUGUAAGGCUGAAAUUCGUUUCUGACAACAAGGAUUAUGGAACUGGUUUUUCCAUGACCUACAAAGCUAUUACACCAGAUAUCCUUCCUGAUUCCGGCUGUGAGUCCUUAGCUGUCCUUUUUGAAGAAGGGGUGUUACAAAGUAUGCACUAUCCAGAGCACUACAGCAACAUGGCAGACUGUCAAUGGAUUGUUUGUGCACCAGAGAGCCAUGUAAUCAAGCUGACAUACCAGUCUUUUGAAGUGGAGGAGAGUGAAGAUUGCUCUUAUGAUGCUGUAACUGUGUACGAAGAUGUGGGGAAAGAAGAGCAACUUGCUAAGUCUUGUGGAUUUGAUCUACCAGCACCUGUUCUAAGCUCCUCUGCUGUGAUGCUGGUUGUCUUUCACUCUGAUCAAACAGAGACCUUUGGAGGAUUCAGAGCUACAAUCUCUUUUGUUCAUGUAACAGAUUUAGAUACUUUGACUUCAACUAGUGAAGAAGAAUUUCAAGAUAAGGAAACAACUGAAGUUACAACAGAUGAUAUUUGUGGAAUGCCCUCAAAUCAGCCCAGGUUCAUCUUCAGUAGGAUAAUUGGAGGUGAAGAAGCUGUACCAUACUCAUGGCCUUGGCAGGUCAGUGUACAAAUUUCAGAUGAGCGUAUCUGUGGAGGAGCAGUUCUUGCCAAAGAAUGGGUUGUCACAGCUGCUCACUGCUUUAAUUCUAAGGAACCAUACAGAGACUUAUGGAUGGUGGUAACAGGACUUCAUGAUCUUACAGAACAAGAAUACAGACAGGAAAGGCUGGUAAAACAGUAUAUUAUACAUCCAAGCUUUAACAGGACCACUAUGGACUCUGAUAUUGCCUUACUGCAAUUGGCUGAGCCCUUAGAGUUCAACCGCUACGUGCGCCCGGUGUGCCUCCCUACCAAGGAGGAGGUGGUGCAGCCCUCCAGCAUGUGUGUUGUCACAGGAUGGGGUGCACAUGAUGAAGACAGAGAAAAGGGGAAAAAACUGCAUCAGCUGGAACUCCCCAUCCUGGUGCUUGACACAUGUCAGAGCUAUUAUGUAAAUCUUCCUAGUAAAGUGACCCAGAGGAUGAUCUGUGCUGGAUUCCCAGUGGGAGAUGGCAAGGACUCAUGCACAGGUGAUUCUGGUGGCCCAUUAGUUUGUCCUUCCGAAGAUAACUUGGGAUUUUACACCCUUCAUGGAAUCACUAGCUGGGGCUUGGGAUGUGGAAGGAAGAGCUACCCAGGAGUAUACACAAAUGUUGGUGUUUUUGUUGACUGGAUCAAGCAGGCUGUUAAUGGUAGUGGUAUGUAUGAAAAAACUGAUUAAAUGAAUCUUUGCUGCUGCUAGAUGCUUAACUUCAGGACUUUUCCAGGGUGCCAUUUUUAUAUUUUGGUGUCCAGCACUUCCUGAAAUCUUGGCUGAUUAGGUAUUCAGCUAGGGAUAUUUUAGAAAUGAACAAAGGAAAUUAAAUCAGUAGUCACUUCUGAAAAUCUUAUUUCUUCUGGAUGUGUUAUUCCCCUCUCUGUUGCAUUUCUUGUGCUGAUGAAUGUUUUUUCCUUACUGCUGCUUUGCUGCUUUGUUUCUUAGGGCUGGGAGAAAGUAGGGAGGCACGAACUGACACAUGGUGGCAGCUGAGCCUGCUUUGACAAAUUUACAGCCUGACUUUGAUGAUGAUCUUAGCAGAGUUUACUCUGUUUUAUUUUUCUCUGUUUAGCAGAUCUCCCCAUUUUCAUGGUGUGACCAUCAAAAACACGGUUCUGAUGGACCACGUUGUAAAACAUUUCCAAAGCACAAAUGUCACUGAAAGCAGAACUUGGUGAGAGUGUGUUAGCUCACAGUUGCUGAAUAGAUUCCAAAGUAGCUGAUGCUUACCCUGGUGAAUUUACUGCUGAUUUACAUGAAUUGAGACUUUGGCUUUACACAUGUGUGCUUGAGGCAGACAGUUACCUGUAGGCUUCUGACACUGUUAGUCUAUCUUAGAAGGAAAGAGAGGGAAAACAAGCCACUAUGUAUCACAUGGCAAGCAUAUUGUAGAAUAGUUUGGGUUGUAAAAGACCUUCAAAGGUCAGCUAGUCCAAUGCCCUUGCAAUGCCCAGAACCACAUCCAGCCUGGCCUUGAAUGUCUCCAGGAAUGGUGCAUCCACCACCUCUCUGGGCAAUCUGUGCCAAGAUUUUACCACCCUCAUUGUAAAAAAGUCUUUUACUCAUGUCCAGCCCAAACCUCCCCUCUUUUAGUUUAAAACCAUCACCUCUUGUCCUAGCACAACAGGCCCUGCUAAGAAGUUUCUCCUAUCUUUCUUAUAGGCCCCUUUUAAGUAC